AUGAAUCAGGAUGCUCGUGAAUCGAUCGAGUCUAUAAAGGAUUUACUCCUGAAGUAUAAUCCUUCCAAGAUUGGGCCUGAUAAUCAGGAAGAAGUGCUGAAGCAGUUUGUUGAAUGUUGCCAGGAGCUAUUUGUCUAUUUCCAAAAGAAGACUGAUGGCAUCUCUGAUAGUCUAGCUUUGCUAGCGACCGAUACCUUCUCUAUAUGGGUUUUAAGGACAAGCCAAGUGAUCAGUCACAAGAAGAUCGACACGAGCGGCUACAUUAAGGUUGUCAAAGACGAGAUUCUUACCUUUGAGGGAAGCACUGUAAUCUUCGAAUACGUGGUAGAUUUUUGGAAGAAUGGCAAUCCUGCAUUCAUAAACGCUUUGAAGAACUUGUUUACCAAACUGUUGCACCUGAUGAGAUUGAUUCAUCCGCGUACUGAAUGUGACAAGCUUUUUAGUUCCUGGCUGGACAGAACAUUUCAAGUUCCUUCGGACCUCGCUGUACAAUAUUACUUAAUCGAGGCCUUAGCGGAAGAGCUGGAUCUCUAUCCGGUUCUGCAAAAAAGGCCAACUUUCGUCGAUGAGUCACUACGUCUAAUGCAGUCAGACAUUCUCUCCAACCCAGUUGGCAAAAGUCUAUGCAAGAUUCUGACCAAUGCGUUUUACAAUCAUUUUGGCGGAGAUCUGUCGAACCUUCCAAGCUGGCUCGGCUUCUGGCAAGAACCGGUAAUAUUCCAUUUAAGCAAUCAAAAAUGCAGAAAAUCCAUUGAACUUUAUAUCCUGCAACCUAUGUUCAAAGAGGUGCCUCCUAAUGCGUUUAGGGCUUUUGUUAAAGGAAUCCCACGUCACAAUCCGUCAGUCCUGUUGAGCGUGAUCAGAGUCGGUCAAGAGCUGGGCAUUGAAGAAGAGCCCUUCCACAAUGACAGGUUAAUUCCUAUAGACAUGAUCGGAAGCUUCCUCAAGCUCGACGAAUCCAAACUUGCCGCCUUUGAGCUGCUGACCUUCGCCACCAAGAAAUCAUCACCGAUACAUUCCAACAUUUUUCACCUGAUUAAAGAAAACUUGACGAUAUUCUUUGUCGAUACACGAAUCGAGGUGAGGAACUAUUUUUGCAGCUCCUUCAAGCACUUCAUCUACCGCAUAAGGGAUUCUGCACAUUCUUUGCAUAAAAGAGCUAGCAGUCUGAAAAGGGCCGGCAAGUUUCCUGCUGAACAGAAAGCGAAGUUUGGAUAUGUACAGGAAUGUCAAUCAUUUUUAGAAUGGUUAUUGGGAUUUCUAAAAUUACAAAUUUGCCCCGGUACUCAAUAUCAAAGAAAUGAUGUGGCAUUGAAACUGUUCAAUAUAAUCAUCGAGAGCGGCCUAGACGCUUCUAUUCCCGCGAAAUAUCUGGAUAUGAAGAACCCAAGAAGCUAUCCAUUUUCAGUGCCUAUUUUCAGAGACAAUUCUAUAGUGAGGUUGUUGCUCGACUGUUUGGCAAGCAACUUUGCAGAUAUCCGCCAAAUGGCGAAGAUGUUGUUGCUGCAGGCCCUUGAGGGUUCCGAUUCCAGUAUUUUGAAAAAGAGUAUCGACUGGAACUAUCUAAAAACUCAGGCCGAUUCUCUUUUGCGGCAGUACCAAUACUCUGAUAUCGGGGCAGCACUCGAAAGUACUCGGUUUUGCGCAGCGCCAGAUAAAGUGGCAUUUGUGGAAGGAAUGAUCGACACUUUGCAUGAAAAAAUCUGCAAUAGCAAGGAAGAUUUCCUUCGUCAUAUCCACGAACCAAUAAGUGGAUAUUUAACUUCACUCACACUUAUCCUUGAAGACAAUCAACUCGAAGAGAUAAUAACCGGUCCCAUAGUUGAGAAAUGCAUUGAAAUUGUUUUGAUUAAUUGGAGUGCCGUGAAGCAUGUAAUAUGCCAUGAGUCUUGCGAAGAUAAUCUUUGGAUGAUGUACCCGGAUGGCAAUAUUGACGCCCAACUCGUCUUGAGCACUGCUUUCAGGACGACGAAGGAAUCAUCUAUGUUGCUGCGUGUCCUGCUUUCAAAAUAUGCCCUUUCUCCAGACCAGUUGAUUGUCAUUGGAGACUUCCUAAUAAACCAACUGUUCGACAUCCGUCACAGUGGUGCAUUUCAAUCUGUCACACCAACGUUUUCAGUGCUAUGCCUUAGAUGCAAGAAAGAAAAUGCCAGUCAACUGCUGGAAUGGCUUAGGACCGUAUUGGAAUCUGUAGAAGUUAAAACUCAGAAUGUUACUAGAAGAUCAGGAGGCAUACCACCCAUGCUUACGGUCAUUUUAUCAGCAGAGUCGGGAAAAGAGCGUCCACUACUGAAAUACGCUUUUGAGCGGUUGAUCAAGAUUGCAUCAACGGCAAUGGAAGAGCAUCAAGACAAGGUAGAUCUUCCGCAGGUUAAUGCUUUUAACUGCAUUAAAGCAAUUUUCACUGAGUCAAAACUGUCGCAAGCUUCUGAGCCAUAUACGCCUGCAGCUCUUUCUUUAGCGCUAAAAACUUUCGACUCCGAUACCUGGGCACUAAGGAAUUGCUCUAUAAUGUUAUUCACUUCGCUGCAAAACAGACUUUUUGGCAAGAGCGGUAAAAGCGUCAGUGCACGCAUGUUCUUCACCAGGUAUCCGGGUAUUAGAGAAGAUCUGCUUGAAAUCCUGCGACCUGCAUCAACAGUAACUAAAGACCGGUCGCAAAUCGAGUCAACAUUUCUCGUAUUGAGCGUGUUACUUCGCUUAAAACCGACUCCUGGAUAUAAAGGGCUCGAUGCGUUCAAUAGCGAAGUAAAGAAGUCAUUAGAAAGCAGUAACUGGAAAAUUAGAGAAUUGGCAGCCCGUUGUAUAUCCUCCUUGGCUGAGAAUCCGAUCGAGAUUUCAAGAGAACUUGCCGAUAGGAUGAAUAUUAAGCACCAAAAUAGUCUGCAUGGUUAUUUGUUAGCAAUAAGUGAGAUGAUUCCAUCUUUGAAAAGUUUUAAUAAUGAGCAAUUAUCAGGUUUGAUCGAGACACUGCAUAGGAAGUGCAAUGAGCUGCUUGGUCACAACAAGUGCUUCCUAACGGCAAAGUUGUACAUAUCAUUGAUGGGAAACAUUCUCGAGUUCAUUGAUGAUGAUAUUUUCCGAGAUCAGCAAGACAGUCUCCUCAACUACAUUACUCAGUUUUUCAAUCAGCACUCUCGGUUGUAUACAAUCAAUGGAAGUAAGCAAAUCUGCCUAGCUGCUGCUCUUGAAACAUUAUUCAAAUAUGGCGAAGGAGAGUGCGUCUCAACGUUACUCGAGCAAGCUAUAUGUUCACCGUUUUAUGAGGUUCAAGAAGUUGCUUUGAGAUUUGCAAUGAACAGCCAUAAGAACAUGCCACACAUAACGAAGACUUUCAUUGAUUCAAUCAUACGGCUAGCGAAUGAUGAAGAUAUCGCGCCCUCGGUACGUUCUCUGAGCCUGAGAGUUCUGAAGAACUUAGAUGAAAAAACUGAUUUGCAUCUGCUAAUGGACAUAAUAGAAAAACCUCCGAGUGAAGAUCUACAGGUGGCGGCGAUCGAGUCGCUUGGUAAAAAUGUCACCCUUGAUAAUGUUGAGAUUCUAGAAAAACUAUCUGAGCAGUAUUAUGCCGAUGGCCAGCCAGUGGAUUUCAGAAUUGCAUGCUUCCAAAGUAUGAUAGAUUACCCAGAGGUUUCCAAUAAUGUUAGGUUGCUUCUAAUUCUGAAUCAAAUGUUGAGCGACGAUGAUGAGGAUAUAAGAUUAGCAGUUGCUUCUUCUUUGAACCGAAUUUUCCGACUUACUGGGGACUCAGAAACUCUGAACCCGGUGGAAACGUCACGUAUGCUGUUGACGCGAAUUGUCAAGCACUUUGAUGUAAAACUUGUGGCAGAAAAUGUCAUUAGAAUUUUGAAAGAGUUCUUUGAAGGCUAUGAUUUGUUUGCGCCCGAAAUACGUGGCAACUGUGUCUUUGAAACUGAAAAGGAUAACCAGUUCAGAAAUGAUUUUGAACUUAAUCUACAAUAUGCUAGGCUUCUCCAGAUAACUGGUUACGAUGAUCAAUUCGUGCAUUGGCUUGUGGCCCUGAAGGAUAAAGUCAUCGCAUAUCUCCAUGCCACCGGCAUGAGAGACGGCCCUUUUGGCUGGGUUAGCAGUGGGGAGGUGUUUUCCAGGUUACUUCUUCUGCGAGCUUUAUUGGCACUGAUUGGUACACGCCAUAUACUCAACUUUGACCAGGUUUUGAUAGAUAGCAGAAUUCAUCCUGUCAUUCUAAAUCAUGAAUUUUUAGAUUCGAUUAAUCUUUCCACAGCCAGAUUAAAUGAGAUGAGUUUGUCGUGA